UAUCAANUAUCAUGCUACAUACAUCGGUAACGCCAUUGUUGUUACCAGGCGAGUAUGUGCAUACAGCUGUAAAAAAUAACAGAAUGAGAACUUACAGAAGGAAGACCGAACGCGGUACCAACUCAAAAGACUUGUACGAAAAGGCUGCAAUGGUUCUGAAUGAAGACAGCACCAAAAAAAUUCGUAGCGUCGCAAAAGAUUUUGGGUUAUGUCAUAUGUCACUUACCAGGUAUUUGAAGAAAAAGAAAGCAAUUUUAGAAAGCGGAAAUUCUAUAGCUUCUCUUACAGUCGGUUACAAGAAAAAUAGACAAAUUUUCAAUGAUGAACAAGAGGUUAUUUUAGUGAAUUAUCUCAUCAAAUUUUGUCAAAUUUAUCAUGGGUUGACACCAAAAGAUGUUAGAAGACUGGCACAUGACUGUGCAUGUAAACACAAUAUUCCAAUGCCAAAAUCAUGGCAUGACAACAAAGAAGCUGGUGUGGACUGGCUAAAUGCUUUUUUAAAACGUAAUGGGAAAAAAAUAUCAAUAAGAUGUCCAGAAGCAACAAGUUUAAGCAGAGCAACUUUAUUUAAUAAAACAAAUGUAAACAAUUUUUUCUUGAAGUUAGCAGAGGUAAUGGAUAAACACAAGUUUCCUCCUUUUCGCAUCUGGAAUGUUGAUGAAGUAGGUGUAACAACUGUCCAAAAACCAAGAAAAGUUUUAGCUCCAAAAGGCUCAAAACAAGUUGGCUCCGUAACAUCAGCUGAAAGAGGAACGCUUGUUACAGUUUGUGUAGCAGCAAAUGCUGUCGGAAACUCAGUUCCUUGCAUGUUUGUCUUUCCGCGGAUUAAAUAUAGAGACUACUUUGUUCGUGAUGGGCCUCCAGGAUGCAUAGGUGCUGGAAAUUCGUCUGGCUGGAUGACAGGAACGGAAUUUAAUAUUUUCAUAGAACAUUUUAUAUAUCACGUAAAGCCGUCUCCUUCUGAUCCAGUGCUUCUAUUACUUGACAAUCACGUUUCACACUUGGACAUUGAAGUAAUAGAAAAAGCAAAGAAUAACAAUGUGAUAUUGUUGUCUUUUCCGCCUCAUUGUUCCCACAAGCUCCAGCCAAUGGAUGUUGGUGUUUACGGACCUUUUAAAAAUUAUUGUGCUAGUCAACAAGAUGCUUGGUUAAGAAACAAUCCUGGAAAAACGAUGACUGUGCAUGAUAUUCCAUUCAUAGUUAAAAACGCUUUGCCUCAGGCAUUGAAUCCAAAUAAUAUUAUUAAUGGAUUUAAAAAAACCGGCAUUUCACCAUAUAACAAACAUAUUUUUCAAGAAACUGACUUCCUGCCUGCAUUUGUCACCGAUAGACCACUUAAUGAACAAGAAAAUCUACAAAGUGUUCAGAAUAAUGAUAUUAAACAUUUUAUAUAUCACGUAAAGCCGUCUCCUUCUGAUCCAGUGCUUCUAUUACUUGACAAUCACGUUUCACACUUGGACAUUGAAGUAAUAGAAAAAGCAAAGAAUAACAAUGUGAUAUUGUUGUCUUUUCCGCCUCAUUGUUCCCACAAGCUCCAGCCAAUGGAUGUUGGUGUUUACGGACCUUUUAAAAAUUAUUGUGCUAGUCAACAAGAUGCUUGGUUAAGAAACAAUCCUGGAAAAACGAUGACUGUGCAUGAUAUUCCAUUCAUAGUUAAAAACGCUUUGCCUCAGGCAUUGAAUCCAAAUAAUAUUAUUAAUGGAUUUAAAAAAACCGGCAUUUCACCAUAUAACAAACAUAUUUUUCAAGAAACUGACUUCCUGCCUGCAUUUGUCACCGAUAGACCACUUAAUGAACAAGAAAAUCUACAAAGUGUUCAGAAUAAUGAUAUUAGUAUCAAUUACCCGACCAAAGACACUUCUGAAUCAGGAAAUCAGUUACCAGAAAAUGUAAAUUCUGUUUAUGACAAUCCAGUUCCAAGUCCUAGCGGUUUGAAUACGAAUUCAAAUCAGAUUCAAAUAUUUUCGCCAGAGACAAUCAGGCCGUUACCAAAAGCAGCUCCCAGAACAAAGAAGAUUACACACUCUGAAGAUGAAUAUGAUAAAGAAGAAUAUUUUUGUCUGAUUUGCUAUGGACCAUUUAAUCAAAGUCGAGCUGGAGAAGAGUGGGUGCAAUGUGUUACUUGUAAGAAAUGGUCACAUGUGAAAUGCGUGAAAGGCAGCACUACAUUUUAUGUCUGCUUGAAUUGUGAUAGUGACCACUCAGAUUAA